AUGACAGAUGAAUCUGAAUGCGUUGGAAAGUAUAUAAUCCACGAUGGACGACUGAUUCGCUCGCAAAAAUCAAAAAUUGUGCCGGAAAAAGCGAAAAUCAAAUUUUUGGACAUUCUGGCGACGACAAGUGUAGAAAAGCAAUAUAAUUGCAGACAAAUCGAUGGAAAAAUAGAGGAGGCGGUGCAGACUGUGGAGAAGAAUACAAUCGAAAAAGGAUUGGUGCGGAAUUGUCCGCCGAUAACUUUUGGACCAGCGCUGAAUAUUUUGGUGAAAGAUCCGCAACAUGAACAUUUGUCCAAACUUUUUACAAAAGAUGGUGAGUUUUUCCUUGCUGAUAUCAUAUUUUUAUAUAGAAUUUUGUAUUUUUUAGCCGUCGAUUCAAUAGGAUCCUCUGUCCGUUUGGUUCUUCGAUCUCUAAUCGAACAAUCAAAGAAAAAUGCGCAUCAUUCGAAUCGAAAGCGAAUUAUACCUGCAGAUUUGGAUUUGGCAUUUGGAAUGCUGAAAUUGAAGCAUAAUUUGACUUGUCCGGUGAUGGAAUCAACACCGUAUACUGAAAGAUGGUAUUGGGGAAGGAAAUAUACGAGAGCACCGCCUCAUGCAAAUGGUGAGCAAGUUUUAAAAGAGGGAUAGGUAAAUAUUCAAAAUGGUUUUUAUUAAAUUCUGAGCAUAGGGUUCUCCAGGAGGCUAGAUUACAUAAGUACAGUAGGAUUUUCUGAAUUUUGUAAAUCUAUCCUCCUGAAAAAAUGCUAUACUAUCAGAUUUUCAUUAAAACCAUUUAGAAAGCUAGUUCUGACCUCCUCAAUUCUCAAUUUUGCCACGUCAUAACUCAUACUAUGAGUUGAAAACACAAAUUCCCCAUUUCCAGCCGCAAAUUCGACAGAUUUCAUAGCUUCCGAACGUUUCUGUGAUUCCCUAAUAAUCAAAGAUCAUUGGCUUUGCAUCGAAGGAAUUCAACCAAUUGUUCCCGAAAAUUCAAUAAUGGAAGAGGUUCGCGAAAAGAACUAUCAAACAAUUGUCGAAGCGCAAAAAUUGCCGGAAAAUGUGACGAAAAAAGAUAUAAUGGCUGAAAAACGAAUGACAAAACAGAUAUUAUCGAUUGAACAUCAAAUAUUGUAUAAUGAAUUGGUGAAUUUGUUGACGAAUGGAACACCGCUUGAAAGACAGGUAGAUUUUGAUGGAAAGUUUGAAUUCUACUCGAAAAAUCAGCCCAGAAACUAAAAAUCUGAAAAUUUUACUCAUGAUUAAUUCUUACGUGAACUAUGACGUGGAAAUUGAGAAAAAUUAUUGUUAAUUUUAUUUUUCACCAUAAAAAAUUGAUUUUUUAAAUUUAAAUAUUUUUCUCGCGUGAACUAGUAAUUUUUAUCUCAUUUUUGCAAAAAUUCAGAAAUUGUGAGUUUUUCUGGGAUUUUUUUAAUGAAAAUUCAAAUUUUUUUGUGUCAAAAAAUUUCAAGUUAGAGCAGAAGAGCAGAAUUUUGAAAAAAAAAGCAAUGUCUAGGCGCGGUUACUCCACCUAGAAUCUCUCAAGACGUGGCUCCUUGCCAGAGUAGAUCUCAAGGCGCUGAUCCUUGACAGUCUAUUUUUCAAGGCUUGGCUUCUUGGCUAUUAUUAAUCACGGAAUUCAAUUUUUCCAGAAAGCUCUUCAAUGCAUCGAAGCCGAUACAGGCCUCCAAUUCCUUUCUGGUCGAUUUGUCAUUCUUUUCGCCGAAGGAAUUCGUGUAAAUAUUGGAACGAGAAAUAUUCGAGCAAUUUCGAAUUUGUUGAAAUUAGCCUGGAGUUUGAUGAAAAAUAAACAUAUUCGAAUGGAAAGAUAUGUGAGUUUUUGAUGGGUUUUGGGGAGAGAAAAUCGAGUUUUUUGUGGGUUUCCCAAACUGAAAUUUUGGAUUUUCAGUGGAUCUCAAGGCGCUACUCCUAGACAAUUGAACUCUCUAGGCACGGCAACUUGAGAACUAUGUUUUCUAGGCUCAACUACUAUUAUAUUUUCACCUAAAACCCCCAAAUUUUCAGCUCUACGUCCUUAUUCCAUCUCUGAUCUCAUGUGUGAUAACAAAAACGAUAAUUCCAAUUCAGGAUCAGGGAAAAGUGAGUUUUUCUUUCUUUUUUGUUUCUCGGAAAUUUCAAGCCCCUUUUCAGAACACAAAAAAUCGAUCGCUGAGUUUGGAAGAUGAAGAAAGGCUGGUUCGAGAUUUGGAAACUGAAAUCAGAAUUCGAGAAGCCGCGUGUAAAUUGUUGUUCAAAUUGGAUGAGUUAGUCGUUUUUUGGGGCGGGGCUUUUGGCUUUUUGCCGCCUACAGUACUAAAUUUUCGCGCGCGAAUUCAAAAAUUCAAAUUUUUGCAGACAAUAUCCCAUUCUGGGACUACAAAUGCGAAUAAUUGUCCUAAUUCGACGCGUUUUUUCGGGAAAAUUCGAUCCGUCGGCAAUUUAUGGAGCAUUGAAUAUGUUAUUCAAUUUUGGAUAUUUGGUGAGCUUUUUGGGAUGGAAAAUGGGAGAAAUUUUGGAUUUUUCUGGAUAUUGUCAUCAAAAUUCACCAGAAAACUAGAAAUUCCAAAAUUUUUUAGUUUAAGUUUAUCAAAUUGAAAUUCAAAUAAUUUUUCAGACUAUCAAAACUACCGUAAUCCCUCGUUUACACGAUAUUUAUUGUGGUCUCGUUGCAUAUUGUGAUCCUGAAACGAUUCAUGAAAAAAUGGAAAAUUCGCGAAAAAUUGUUGUUGAAACUGAAAUUAAAAGAAUUGAAUUGGCUAGGAAUCGAUUGAUUGAAUUGGUUAUGGUGAGUUGGGUUUUACCUGGGUUUUAAAAAAUAAAUUUGAAUUUUUGAAUUCGCGCUAAAAUCUGAAAAAAAGCUCUCCAGGCACUGACACUUGAAACCUGCUUUCUCUAGGCACUGAUCCUUGACAAUUGAAUUUACUAACAAAAGCGCCGCUACUUGUCAUAGACGCUCUCAAGGCACGGCUCCUUGCUACAUCGGAUCACUAGGCGUGGCCCCUUGACACGCCCACUUGCUCUCCAUUGUGUUCUUUUCCAGAAAAUCCUCUACGAAUACGAAAGUUGUGAAGUGAAACCUCGAAUGGCUGAUCCAAAAGUGUUUAUUGAAAGUUAUGCCGAAUUCGGAGUGAUGUUUUAUAGGUAAUAAAUUUUCAGACACCUUUUUUCAGUCAAAAUAUUUUUUUCUAGCUUCAUAAUUGAAACUGGAAAAAUCGACGACGAUGGCCGUGUAAUUCCCUCAAAAUCUCCAAUUUUACACCAAGUUGGCAGCACAUUUCAAACAGAUUCCAAGCAUUUAACGCCACCGCCAACGAAAAAAUCAGCUCCAAAACCGAUUUCAACAAAAAAUGAAAUAAUUGACGAGGAAAUGCUUAUGAUGACUGAUUUAUUAGAUGAUUCACAUCGAAAAUUUGCGAAAAUCGCGAAGAAAUUGGAAGAAGAAAAUGAGGAAGAGGAGAAGAAUCGGAAAAUCAAAUUGAGAGAUUCGUUUUUUGGAAAUUCGAAAUUGGUUUUGGUUAGGAGGAAUGGAAGUAAGGAUAAUUGUGAAAAUUCAACCUGAAAUUACGAUUUUUCGAAAAAAAAAAUUUAAAUAAUUCAAAUUUGAUUCAAAAACUGGAAAUUUUACCGACUUGGGAUACAAAUUUGAAAUUUCAAGGAUUUUUGAAAAGAAAAUGCAGUUUUCUAGAUUCUGUAGAAGCUUCUGCUCUGUCUAGACUCUCAAUUGUUCAUUUUCUCCAAUUGAAAAUAUUUUUGGAAAAUCGAAAUUUUUCGAAUUCUCAUUAGUUCCUCCAAACCUCCCCCAAACACCGUGUUUUUUUCUAGAUAAAAUAGCAUAUCUUCGACCAUUGGAAUUAGCCCAUAUUCCAUCAGCUCCAUCAAUUCCAUCAAAAUCUCUACCUCGAUCAAUUUCAACAACAACAAUUCGAAUGAGUCGAUCAGAUGAAUCUACAGUACCUCAAACGGGUCUCGACGCGUCCGAAAUUCUUUUCCGUCGAUAUUUAUCACGUCCUUCUAUUCAAUCAGCUGCAAUUGUUUAUGGACGACCACUCGAAAUGUCGGAAAAUGGAAAACUGAAAAUCGAUCAAAAAAUUAGCGAAAUGGCACGGAAAUUGGCACAGACUCGUCUCAAAAAAUUCGAUAAAUAG